AUGUCUUCGACUGCAGGACUCCAUGUCGCUAUCUACAAUGACGGAGGUGUCUACAAACACUGGAGCCUCUUUGUUAACGGACCCACGGAUGCGGAACAGACAGUCCUCCACAUCAUGGGUUCGUCCACCAAUUACCGCUUCGAAAUGAGAGCUUCCGACGCCCGUAAAUCAGCGACACUUUCCGAGCUGAUUUACCUGUGCGAUGUGCCUAUUGCCAAGGUCACUGCAAUUAAAGAGGCAGCAAGACAGGCGCCGAUCCACAAUGAAUACCCGGGGUAUAACUGUCAAGAUUACGUUCUUGAUCUUCUGGAUGACUUAGAGGGGAAAAGUAUUAUCAAUGGUAACGAUGUGAACUACAAGAAGAAGAAGGAAGUUGUCAAAAGCAGGCAGGAGGGACUGGCAUAG